AUGCAUUCUUCUUCUGCCUGCUUCUUUUGUGGUAUUACCCAAAUCUUUGAUAAACCAAAUGAUGUGAAAAUUACAAUCUACAACCAGGCUGCCAGUUAUGAAACAAUUAGAGUUUUUGAUGGGACAGAUGAUGUUUUGGCAGUUGCACGAGCUCCUAUGCCAAACCUUCCGCCUGGUUGGGAAUGGACACCAUCAUGCAAGUGCUUACACUGCAACUUUUGCAAGGUCAAGCUUGAUGCCCGAGAUGACGGCACUUAUUGGUCAGUCAGUGACGGCGACUCCCUGUAUGUCUUCAACCUUCAAAGGAACCCAAACUAUGCUGUCACUGCUGGUUUUUCUCUCCCCGCCCCUGGAACCCGACGCAUGGAACUGGAUAAUGAUACUGAGAUUGUUCUUGUCCCCAAAGCACAUGCUGAUGCCUUUGAAGAAGCUAAUGGCCUACGUGGUGCUUCCAACUUGAAGAAGAGCAAUUUGUAG